AGACAGCUGUUUUUCAAUUGUUUUGUUUACAUGUAAAUGAAACGCAGUUAGCGUUUCAGCACAUUUCAGUGCAUUUAACGCACAAUUAAUUCUCGAUUAUUUCUCCGUUUGAAGUUCAAAGCAACUGGCUACUGUCAUUUAAUAUUCAACACACAGCUAUAGUUUAGCAACAACUGCUUUCACAAAUCGGUAUUUAAGUACAAGUACGUCAAAGUCCAACAGCAUCAAGUGGAAAUCUGAUUUUAUCAUCUUUUUGCUUGACCCGCGCUUUAAUAGGCCAACAGUAUCAUUUUGCUCGUAAAUCAGCUAAAUUUUUUUUGUGUGCCCGUGAUAAAAUUAAAAUCCAGAAGUGCAAAAAAAGCACUUCAAUAGAUAAGAUUAUAGGCCAAACUGCGGACUUGUGGCCUUCGCCUUGCACACAUAAUGGCAAUACAGAGUAAACUUCUUGAUCCGUUGUGCAUCACAUGUCAGGAGUUCCAGCACCCCUGGACGGAUAAGUGCGUUAACGCCACCGCAGGCAUCCUCCUAUCUGCCACGCCCUAUUGCUUGCGUGUCUACACAAUUGUAUACGCCUUUUCGCUACUCAUGCGACAUCGAGUGCCAACUUUGGAGGAUCUGAAGCGAACUCUGCUGGGGAUCAUCCAAUCAACAGCCUUCCUGGUCACAAAUGCGUACACCUUUAUUCUCUACAAUUGCUUGCUGCGGAAUUUGCUGGGGCGCUACCAUUUCAGCACUGUUGCCUUUAUUCCCUCGUUCCUGUCCUCACUGACAGCUAUUCUGGUUGAGCGCCCGGCCCGACGUCCACUGCUGACGCUCUACGUAGCCAAUGUGGCCACCGAAGCGCUCUGGAAAAUGGCCGAGGCCCGAAACUGGGUGCGUUCCAUAGCACAUGGCCAGACGUUCAUCUUUGCCGGCAGCAUGGCUGCGCUUCUAUAUCUGUAUCGUCUGAGCGCCAACGACGAUUCCAUCUUCAAUAUUUUGCGCAUAUUUGUGGGCAAAGAGGAAUCCGGGCCGGUGGUCAAACCUGAGCCUUUGGCGACCGGCGACCAGCCAGCGCCCUCUCGACGACGACCCAGCGUCAGUUUUGCCACCACCGCCGACUGGGUUCGCGUCUAUAGCAAUCUAAUCCAUGCCAAGCAUGCCAGCUGCCGCCAUAAACAAAGCUGUCCCACCUAUGCAAUCUUAGGUGGCCUUCGUCCCUUUGCUGGCGGUGUGGCUCUGCAGGUAGCAUUGAAGCUGGUGAUGAAUAUCAAAAACGUAUUCCGAGGAGGCAUGCUAUGGCGCAAACAAAUCUUCAAUCGAAGCACCUUAAAGCUAGGUAUCUUCAUGGGAACGUUUUCGUUUCUGUACAAGUCCAUGUCUUGCCUGUUGCGCCAUAGCUUCAAUCGGGACGAUGCGGUGUUCGCAAUACCAGCUGGUUUGGUGGCCUCAGUGGCAUUCACCCAGUAUCCAGAUAAUACGGUCGCCUUGUAUGUCAUGUGGAAGGCCAUCCAAAUACUUUGCAGCAUGGGCCAAGAACGAGGCAUUCUUCCGCGCAUUCCUAAUUUUAUGCUCUAUACUUAUGCAUUCUUCACAGCUGUGCUCUUCCAUGCGGGCAUCAUGGAGGCACAAUCGCUGCGUCCCAAUUACUACAAAUUCUUGCAGGCCAUAUCAGGCGAGAGGCUCAACAAAUUCAAUUUGAGCGCUUUUGAUGUCUUCGGCCUCAACACGCAGCAGCAAACAAACGAAAUGCUAAAGAGCCUAAAAAUCGUCGACAAGCAGACACUCCCAGCAUUUUCGUUUGCCUCCUGAGUGUAGCCACGUUUAAAGUCGAACUGAGGCGUGCCUACCUACUACAUUUCCUACAAUAAUUCUCAGCACUCGAAGUGCGCACAUUCAACGUUCAAUUCGUCUCUCCAAAAUGACAUUUUAUCAUUGUACAUGAAUAGUUAUAUGUUAGUAUGUAAGUCGAACGAUUUCAAUAUAUAAAGCUUAUUCUGGGCGUGCGCGUAUAUAAUGUCAAUGAUCACUCAAAGUGGGGAAUAUUGACAAAUUAAUUCUUUAUUCUUU